AUGGCAGGAGCAGGUUUUGGGGUUGAUUCUGGACUACCAGAUUUUAGAGGGCCUAAUGGGUUUUAUAAGGCAUACCCAUAUUUUGAAAAAGUUGGAAUGAAUUUCUAAGAUGCAGCAAAUCCUUAAUUUUUCAAGAAAGAUCCAAAAAGAUUUUGGUAUUUCUAUGGCCAUAGACACAUGCUAUAUGCAAAUACAGAACCAAAUCAAGGUUAUAUGAUCCUAAAUGAAUGGGCUAAGAAUGAUUUUGGACCUGAUCAUCACUUCGUAUUUACAAGUAAUGUUGAUCAUUAAUUCUAAAAGGCUGGAAUUUCUGAUAAAAAUAUUUAUGAGUGUCAUGGAAGCAUUUUUGUCUUUCAAUGUGAUAAAUGUAAUAUAGUAGAGGAGAGACUAGAUGAAAAGUUUGAACUAGAUGAAAAUACUUAUGAGACUGAAUCGAUACCUGAAUGUCAGAAGUGUCAAUCGUUUAUGAGACCCAACUGUUUGAUGUUUGGAGAUUUUGAUUUCAAUGAAUAAGUUUCUGAAUAAUAAGAUUAGCGGUAUAAAGCAUGGCUAGAAAACAUCAAAGAUCAAUCACUGUUGAUAAUAGAAAUAGGUGCAGGUUCAGCAGUACCAACAGUAAGGUUGAAUAGUGAAGACGUAUUAACCGUCCUACGAAAUAAAAAUACCAAUAUGAUUAGAAUCAAUCCAGCGGAGUAAAACGUUUAUAGAGCGACAAAAAAAUGGAUAAACAUCAUCGAUAAAAAUAUAGCCAAUGAAAUGGUAGAUUCUGAUAUUUAAAACUUGAACUUAGAAAUGAGAUAUUUAGUAUAAGUAGAAGCUGGUGGUAAAGACACUUUAGUAGCUAUUGACAAUAUAAUUAAAAAGUAAAUUUGA